AUGGAAAUGGAUAAAAUUUUAGAAGAGUCAUAUCCAUACAGUAUAUAUAAAGAAUUGAAUGAUGAAGUUAAAAAUGCAAAUGAUGGCAAAUAUUGUAGUGAAUUUGAAAAUGUAAAACAAGAUUACAAAGAUGAAUCUGUUAAACUUUGUAAAAAAGUAUCAAAAAUUUUAGAUUUUGUAUUUAAAAAGAGUACACAAAAUGAGUUUAAAGACUAUUGUACACAUUAUAAAUACUGGGUAUAUCAAGAAGUAAGAAAUUUGUUUAAUGAGAAUACAUCAGUUAGUGAUAUCGAAGAUGUUAUUAAGAAAUUUUAUAAAUUACAACUUGAUCUUUUUAAUGAUCACAACAGAAAUGAUUGUUCUUAUAGAUUUGAUUAUAAGACCCUUGAAGGAUUGAAUUAUAAUAUAGAAGAGAAGUCUUUGUAUGAUUACUUUAGAAACUUUAACACAAUUAAAAGUAUUGAAACUUGUAGCAAAUGUACCAAUGGCGAAUAUAAAGAAUACCUUAAAUCUACCGGUGACACAUAUAAUAAUUUAAAGGAAUAUUGUUGUUUAUCAGAGGAUUGGGACUGUUCACAUUAUUUUUUCAGUUGUAAGGAUGAGUUUGAUCCGAGUAAAUUAUUAUCCUCUUUAGGAUCUGAAGAAAUAGGAAAUUGUGAUGGACUAAAAACAAUUACAGCUGUAUUCAAUGAUAAAAUAUCAGAUUCUGAGGCGUUCAGUUCAGAUUUUUUGAAAUCACUUAAUUAUGGUGCAUGUUAUAGACCCAACAAUGGUAAAUUCACAUCAGGUGAUAGAGCACAUCCAUUUUGUAAUUUAUACACAGCACCCGUACAAUUAUCUAGUAGUGUAACUAUAGUUAGAAUUAAUGAACCCCAAGGAAAUGGUGAUAGAUCCCCUCCAGGUAAUUCGAAUUCAAUGAAGGGGGAAGAUCAAGAACAAGUAAAACAAGCGAAAAGAGUUCCACCAAAAGAAGUUACAGAUGAAACAAACGAAAAUGAAGGGGGUUCAGGUAGAUACGGGGAACUAAAAAAAAAGGCAUCUCCUAUGAAAGACGCAUCUGAUAAUUUUAGAUGGAAAAUUGCUGCAACUGGACAAUUAAAAUGUUCGAGUAAAAAUAAAAAAGAAGCUGAAUUAGCAAUGUGCGAUUUUAUGGAAGAACUGAUUGAAGGUGGUUAUGCUAAAAAAAUAGAAGAUACAGAAAAGUAUACUUUGGAUAUUAAAAAUGGAUGGACCACUGAAGAAUUAAAAGUAUUUCGUGAAAGAAUAAGGAAAAGAUCAGCUUAUGAAUCAAAUAUAUUAAACAACAUUUUUUUCCGUAUUUCUACUGGAGUUACUCUAGUAAUGGGAAUUAUUUUUAUAUUUUACCUUUUUUUUAAAUUUACUCCCUUCGGAUCACGUUUACAUAGACGUAGAAAAAGGAAACAAAGGUAUAGGUUUGAUUUUACCGAUUUAAGUACACGUAAUCGACCAAGGCGCUUCUUAAAACGUACUUAUAGGCAUUCUGACAGGAGGAGAUUUAACGUAGUAAAUAUAGAAGAUGAGCUUCAUUCAUCAAAUGAUUUACGGAAUAUCAACUGA